AGGAGGGCCCACAGCUCCAGCCCUUCUUCCGCCAUCGAAACCCUCCGCCGCAGGCCGCCUUUCGCCGCAGCAGGUGGGCUCUGCGCUCAGCUGCUCUUGCCCUUGGGCUAUCCCUGCUCCGAGCACACCCCGCUUUUUCUACAUCGGGAUGUGUGGUGUGUAUCAAGAAAUCAAGGGUACUGGGGAUGCUGGGGAUGCGGAUGGAGUUUUUUAAUGCUGCGGUGCUUCUAUCGCAGCAGUGCGAAGGUCCAAUGCGUUUAUAACGCCGAAAGCAGAAGAUCCAAUUUUAAGUUCUUUUACUAUGCCGCUACCAGAAUCUGGUGAUGGAAUUUUCUGGCCGGUUGAGCUCCAUUUUUCCGUGGGAUUGUAGAAAUUAUUUCUUAACCGAACAUGUGCGAUUUACAAAAUGCACAGUCAUUUAUAGGAACAAACGAAAUACUUUCCUGCAAUGCCCUCUCACUGCGCAUAAUUUAUUUGUCUACAAUCCCAAACGGAGCCUAAUUUGUUUGUUUGGUCCUGCUUUUACUCGUGCUUUCAGCCAUAGUUGCCUCUAGGAGGGCGUCUGGCAAACAAAAAACUCUAGUGCUUCUGCUGCUGGCGAAAUCAGAAAUGUGAUCUUAGGGCCAUGGUUGAGACAAAGGAUGGCUUCCUUCUAUCUGUUCAACGUAUUCCACAUGGGAAAAAUGCUUUGGAAGAAAAACCUGGUCCUCCGGUUUUCCUUCAACAUGGCCUUUUUCAGGGAGGAGAUACUUGGUUUAUCAAUCCUGUUGAAGAGUCACUAGGAUAUAUCCUUGCAGAUAAUGGUUUUGAUGUCUGGAUUGGGAAUGUGCGCGGGACACACUGGAGUCAUGGACAUACCACAUUAUCCGUGCAUGAUAAGGAGUUUUGGAACUGGAGUUGGGAGGAGCUUGCUCAAUAUGACUUGAUGGCUAUGAUAAGCUAUAUAUACUCGAUAACACACACUAAAAUCUUUUAUGUAGGCCAUUCACAGGGAACAAUAAUGGGUUUGGCAGCUUUCACUAGGCCAGACAUAGUUAAAAUGAUUGAUUCAGCUGCUCUUCUUUGCCCUAUUUCAUAUUUGGAUCAUGUCAGUGCCACUUUUGUUCUUAGAGCAGUUGGCUUGCAUCUUGACCAGAUGCUUAUGACUAUGGGCAUACACCAGCUUAAUUUUAGAAGUGAAAUGGGUAUUCAGAUAUUGGAUUCUCUAUGUGAUGAUGGACAUGUGGACUGUGGCAACAUGCUGUCUUCAAUAACAGGGGAUAAUUGCUGCUUCAAUGCAUCGCGGGUAGAUUAUUACCUGAAGUAUGAACCUCAUCCAUCAUCCACAAAAAACUUGAAUCAUCUAUUCCAAAUGAUCAGGAAGGGCACUUUUGCCAAGUACGACUACGGCUGGUUUGGCAACUUGAAGCGCUACGGCAACUUGCACCCUCCGUCGUUCAAUCUAAAAGACAUACCAGAAUCUUUACCCUUAUGGAUGGGUUACGGAGGGUCCGACGCGCUGGCGGAUGCAAUCGACAUUCAGCGGACUAUCAAGGAACUGGGAUCCGAGCCCGAAUUGCUCUACCUCGAUAACUACGGCCACAUCGACUUCAUCAUGAGCGUAAGGGCGAAAGACGAUGUGUAUGGUGAUUUGAUUAGGUUCUUUCGGUCGAGGGGAUGGCCUACCAGUUACUAG